GAUUUACCAAAAGAAUAUGGAUAUUCGAACAAUGAUAAAAUUGGUGAUAUAUUACUUGAACCUGAACCAGGAUAUAAUGUUCAUGUUAAAUGUUCACAUAAUGAUAAAGAAGUUUCACAACCGUUUCAUUUUUCAUCACAUGGAAUGAAUCCAAAUCAUUGGACAAUGAAAUCAAUUUUAAUAAUGAAAGGACCAAUGUUUAAGCAAAAUUAUCGAAUUGAUGCGACAGCAAACAAUCUCGAUCUGUAUCCAUUGAUGUGUUAUAUUUUGGGUGUAAUACCAGCACCAAAUAAUGGUACUUUAGAACGUAUAUUGGAUGUACUGAAUAUGCCACUUCUAUCAAUACAUACAUCGUCAACUAGAAAAAUCGAA